GUGCUCGGCAGUACUGGUCGGUCCGCUCGGCGAGUCGCGUGGCGAUCGGGCCGAUCGAGCGAGCUCGCCAGACGAGCGCGUGCAGGUGCAGCGCGCGGGUGUAGGUGCACGCGUCACCGGCGAUGGGCAGGGAGUGUCCUGAGAGUUGGGCUUUUCGGCCCGCCGCUGCGCAACCUGGACCAGGACGCCAUGGAACGUACCUAGCACUCCUUGAUUAGUGUACCUCAGCACGCGAUGCGUGACCGUCGGCGGUGGCUGGCCCCGACGUUGGUGUUCCUGGUGGUCGGGGUUCACCUGGUCCUAUGCCAGAAGCCUCGUCUUGGAGGCGCCGUCAACGUCUUCAGCCGCUACGGGUACCUCAGCAUCAGCAUGCGCGUCGUCCCCAGGAACGACAGCGACACCUGGAUCUUCCGGGAGCCGACCCUGAACGUCUUCCGCAACCCGGUGGCCGCGCCGGCGCGACAACAGCACGCCAAGGGCUCCGUCUUCGAGGGCGACUUCCACAUGGAGUUCUGCGAUAACGUGCGUCAGCUGAUGCAGGCCUACUUCAGGGACUUCUCGUUCGAGCGGAUGGAGCGGCCCUGGAGGGCGUUCACCGGCAGCUGGACCAAAAACGCGAUCUCCAGGCACCUCGGCAUCAACACCUCCUUCAUCACCGGGGAACACUGUUACGUCCUCGUCAGGGUGGCCAGGUUCCGGGAGAGUCGCAAGCUUGCCGCGACUGCCGAGGCCAUGGUCGUCGACGAAGACGUCGCCAGGGAGGCAGCCAACAUCACUCUCGGCGACACCGUCGGCGUCGUCAGGUUCAUCAGGAACUUCGGCUCCCAUUACAUCGCCUCCUACGUCACGGGCAACUCCUUGUACCAGGUCUUCGUAUACACUCCACAGGUGUACCUCCGCAUAAAGGAGCGGCUGAAGACCCGGGGAGUAGCGGGUCUGUCGAGUCUGGAGCUCAGCAACUACUUCUCGCCGUGGUACGCCGAGCACAUGGGGAUCGUCCUCUCGGCGAGCGGGAACCGCUCGGUGGAGGCCUGGGCCGUGGAGAAGCUGCAGGUCCGGUACUACAUCUUCACCUACGCCAGUUUAUUGAAGCUGCACGGGGAUGCGCAACUCCUGCGCCAGCUGGACGGACUGCUGGGCAACGAGGCGCUGCUGCAGCUCCAGCUGCGCACCCUGGCGCCGCUCUUCAAGGACCCCAAGCGCCGGGAGUGGUUCCUAGAAGUGAUAGACAAUUACUUCAAGCUCUGGGAGGUCAACAUGUGAGCUAGAGGACGAGGAAGUGCCUUCUUACCCCGAACUCGAGGAGCCGGCGAAGCUGCACCGGACUGCACCGAGAGGUGCGCUUCGGAAGCUUGGGGCGCACUCCGACAGGGGCGCCACUGGCGCUCUUCCAAAUUGACGCGGGAACUUUUCCCUUUCCGAGGCUGACGUUUCAGGGAUUUGUGUUAAGGGGAUCCCAAAUAAGACCAAGGGGAUCCCUCGGGAUGAUGGCCGAGACCUGAUCGGGUCGAUUUUCGUCCCGCGCUCCUGAAAAUGCUGCAUUUUUCUUUUCCUUUCCCGCCGAUCGGAUUCGCGCGCUCGGGUCCACGUGGCGGCGUCUGCGCGCCGCACGCACACGCGUACACGCUGUUAUUGUUAUAAAUAGGUAUUUAUUAUAUAAUCGUUAAUAGAAAACAUUUUAUACAAACUCUUUUAAUAUAUCACAAGCAUUAUUCGUACAUAUCUUACCCCGACUCACGACUUUCGCGCGGCGAGCGCGAGUUGUAUCGGGUGUCGUUUUCUUUCGCGCUCGAGAAACGCUUUCCCAUGGAUGGCAGGAAUCCGCGAGUGUCCCCACGAAUUCUGUUCCUUUCUAAAUUUUAUCCAGUCAAACCCUAGGCCUUUAUGUCGCCAGGGAUUUUGACUAAUUAGUGAGAAUUUUGGAAUGUGAGACAGAGCUCGUGUCACGCAGAUUCUUGCCGGGUGGUCGAAUCAAUUAUCAAUGAUGUAAUCCCUAAUCGCGUUAAGGGAAGACGUGUAUUAUUGGCAGAAGUGCGCGAAAGACAGAGAUUGAUAAUCAUUUAUCGUUUAGUCGACGUACGGAUCUGUAUUAUCGCGUUAGGCGUUUUGAUUACAGCUCUACUUCUGUUAAAGACGUGCCUUGCUCGUUACGGGCUUGAACUUCAGGUGGUACAAAAGAUAACGUUACAUCCUUGUCGUAAGAGAUUCCAAGAUGCUGAGUGCGUGAGUCGUUGUACUCCACUAUUAAUGAUUUAAUUGACAUUUUAUACUACUACCGUGCUGUCAGUGAUAAUUCAAUUAUGUAGUUAUCGAUUAUUAUACGUAAUCCAACCGAGGAAACAAGUAACGGCUUUACGUCCUGUGACAAAAUCAAAAGUCAAUUGUGCCUUGUUGUGCUUCUUUCGAACAUUAAAGGAAUCACUGAGAACGUCGUAUGAAAAAUAUGGAAAUAAUAAUGUAGCUAUAUCAGCACCAAUCGGGACUUAGCAAUAUGUCAUGGAUUAAAAACGGCUUUUGCGUAUUGA